AUGGACACCCAAUUCUUGAGUGGUCUGGAACAGACGCUCAGAAACAUUUUGUCGCCAGACAACAAUGCUAUCAAGGCUGCAACCCAGGCACUGAAAAAUCAAUAUUAUACUAGCCCGUUGGCUCUGCCUUCGCUGAUUCACUUGCUUCAGAACUCGGCUGAUGACAGCACCAAACAGCUUGCUGCUGUUGAGGCCAACAAACUUGUUCCAAAACAAUGGGAGGCUCUUGACGAUUCGCUUAAGACUCAAAUCAAGGAAUCGUUGAUCCAUUUUGCUUUUGGUUACAAGUCAAAAAACAUUAGACACUCCACAGCCAGAAUCGUUGCAGCUAUUGCAGAACUGGAGAUUCCAGACAACAAGUGGCCUUCUUUGCUUGAGACGCUUGUUGGAGGUGCCCAGGACGCUAACGUCCAAACCAGAGAGAUGGCUGUGUUCCUGAUCUACUGUGUCUUCGAUACUCUGCCAGUUGAAUGGUUUGAGCACUCUGAAAGUUUCCUGACCCUGUUUGCAACCACAUUGCAAGACCGCGAAUCCAUCGAGACCCAGGUCACCACUGUUUCUGCAAUCGAGGUGCUUUCGUCGUACGUUGAGCAGGACGAGACCCUCAUCGCCAAGCUGGCUCCAGCCUUCAGCUCUCUGUUCCCAAGCAUGAUCCAGCUGUUAAAAAACUCGCUGUCGUUCACCGACACCGAGAAAACCACCGACUUGUUCACUGCGUUCAACGGGUUCAUUUUGCUGGACAUCAGACUACUGGCAGACAACUUCGUGGAUAUUGUUAACCUCAUGAUCGAGACGUCUUUGAACAAGGACUGCGACGAGGAAAUCAGAGCCUGUGCGCUUAGAACUUUGAUCCAGUGUAUUUCCUACAGAAAGUCCAAGAUUUCGCAAGCCAAGCUUGGAGGCCAGAUGGCUUCCUGUGCUUUGAAGGUUGCCAGCGAGGAAGAUGAGGAGGCCGAGGAAGAGCUUGAGAACGAGGACGGCGAGAACGAAAACGAGGAAGCUACUCCACACACUCUUGCUCUGAGACUCUUGAGCGAGCUUUCUGUGAAUCUUCCUUCCAACCAGAUCAUCCAGCCGAUCUUGGAGAUUGCUCCUCAACUGCUUGGUUCCCAGAACCCAUUCGAGAGAAGAGCUGCUCUGCUUGCCAUUGGUGUCACUGUGGAAGGGGCUCCAGACUACAUUUCUACCCAGCUUCCUAACAUCAUCCAGCUUGUGAUUGCUGGUAUGCACGACUCGUCGAUUGUGGUCAAGGCUGCUGCUCUGCGUACUUUGGCCCAAUUGAACGAGGAAUUGAAGGACACUGUUGCCGAGUACCACGAGCUGCUACUCAGUCCAAUAAUUGCUAUUAUCGACUCCACCAACAAGAUCAUGGUUUACAAGUACGCUACUUGCGCCUUGGACACACUGAUUGAGUACAUGUCGAACGAGAGCAUCAAACAAUACAUGGAGCCAUUGAUGAACAAGCUGUUCCAGAUGCUCGACACUGCCCAAUCGUCGUCUCUCAAGUCCAGCAUUGUGUCUGCUAUCGGAUCUGUUGCCUACGCUGCAGGUAAGGCUUUCACUCCGUACUUUGAUCCUUCCAUCAAGUUCCUUGAGAAGUUCAUUGCCAACAUGAACGACAUCGAGGGAAUGACCGAGGACGACAUCGAGCUGCGUGCCCAGACGUUUGAAAACGUUUCAUCCAUGGCCAGAGCCGUUGGAUCCGAGUCGUUUGCUCCAUACGCCCAGCCAUUGAUCGACGCUUCCUACAGUGCUAUUCAUUCCACCAACGGCAGACUGAGAGAGUCUGGGUUCGCCUUCAUCUCCAACAUGGCCAAGGUCUACGGCGAGCAGUUCACUCCGUUCUUGGAUAAGAUCGUGCCGGAGAUUUUCACUUGUCUACAACAGGAGGAGUUCGACUUCAACUUCGAAUCUGACGACGAGAACGCCGACGAGGCUGAUGUUGCCGAGAAGUUGAACGUCCACACCGGUGUCACGGUCGAGAAGGAGGUCGCUUUGGUGGCCUUGAGCUCUCUGGCUGUUGGAACCAAGGCCGGUUUCACCAACUACGUUGAGGAGACAAUGAAGAUUCUCGCCGAUCAGAUCGAGGAGUCGUACGCCGUGAGAGAGGCCUCGCUUUCCACCAUGUGGAAGAUUGCUUACUGCAUGUUUGAGGCCCACGGACUGAACGACAAGGUGCUGGAACUGAUCAGAACUGUCAGAAGCAUCACCAUCGGUAUUUUGCCCGAGGAGUUCGACGUGCACAUGGUUAUGACCUGUAUUGACUCGUUGUACGAGUACGUCAAGUCCAAAUCCAUGGGUAAGGUUGCCAUCAUGGACGGAACCGACUCGUCGCAGCUGGAGUCUCUGUGUACCCAACUGAUGCUUAUCAUCAAAAAUGAGCAUCUUUGUUUGAGCCAGCCUGACGACGAUGUUCCGGACGACGAGGUCGACACCACCGAGACCGAAGCCGUGAUCUACGACUCUGCGCUCGAAGUUUUGGUGAGUCUGGCCGACGCUUUCGGCGCCGACUUUGUGCGUAUCUUUAGCUCGUUCAAAGACGUUGUUCUGGCCCAGGUCAAAUCCAAGGUCAAGAACAAGCGUGUUUCCACCGUUGGAUGCGUUGCAGAGAUCUGUAACGGCAUCAAAAGCAGCAACCCGUACACGCAGGAACUGUUGGAGAUCUUCAUCGACAGACUGGCCAACGACAAGUCGUCCGAGGUUAGAGGCUCUGCCGCUUACGGUAUUGGAAUUCUGAUCGAGUACUCCACCAUUGACGUCUCGAGCGCAUACGCCACGAUCCUGAACUCGCUGUCCAAGCUGCUCAACAAGGCCGGCAAGGAAGCUUCCAAAACAGACGAUGACGACGUUGAAACCAAAGAUACCAUCAACAGAACCAUCGCCAACGCUUGUGGCUGUGUGAGUAGAAUGACCCUCAAACACCAGGACGCUGUUCCAUUGAACGUGAUCAUUCCUUCGCUUUUAAGCCACCUGCCUCUCGAAACAGGCUUGGAGGAAAACAGACCGAUUUUUGACCUGAUCCUGAAACUUUACGAAGAAAACAACGAGAUCAUCCUCAGCGCCACUACACAGGUGGUGGAAAUCUUCGAGCAAGUGUUCACCAAAGAGCUGGAAAAGGAGAAAUUGAUCAACGAGUCGACGUUGGGAAGAGAAGAGAAUAUAGAGAGAUUAAACCAAUUCGACUGCCCAGAGACACAGUCGAAAGUGGUGGCUUUCCUAAAAUACUUGGAAAGCAAGUUUGCAGGCGUGGUUUCAUCCAAAGAGGUGUUGAAGAACGUGAUUGCUUAG